GGAAGGCGGCGGGGGCGCCGCGGAGGGCUUCCCGCGCCCGCCCCGCCUGCCGCGGCAGGGGGAUUAGUCAGCAGUCUGCGGGCAGCCCCGCUCCCGCGCAAACUCCGCGGUGGGGGCGGGGAGCGGAGGCGCCUGCCCCUUCCCGCGGCGAGGGGCGGCGGGGCCGCGGCGGCGGGGCUGCCCCCCCCACCUGCUGUCCGCGCCGCCGCUCCGCGGCCGCGGCGAGGGGCGGCGGGUUGGCAAGUGAGGCAAGGAGGCGCUGGAAACUCCUCCCGGGAACGGCGGCGUUGCGGGAGGACGAGCGCCCGAGCCGCCCCGCUCACGCAGCCGAGCGGGAGUGCACACACUCGCGCGCACACACCGCGCACACCGCACACUCGCGGCGGCGGCCCCCGGCCCCCCGCUGCCGCUGCCGGCAGUGAGGCGGCGCCCGGCGGGGCUGCCCCAUGGUCUUGCGGGGGCCGUGGGGGAGCUGCGGGGGCCCCGGCGCGGCGCUCGCCCUCCUGCGCGCCCUCCGCACUAGGAUGUUGCGGCAGGUCUUGCACAGGGGGCUGGGGACGUCUUUCUCCCGGCUUGGCCACUUCGUCGCCAGCCACCCAGUGUUCUUCGCCUCGGCGCCCGUGCUCAUUUCAAUUCUGCUGGGCGCCAGCUUCAGCCGCUACCAGGUGGAGGAGAGCGUAGAGCACCUCCUGGCCCCCACGCACAGCCUGGCCAAGAUCGAGAGGAACCUGGUGGACAGCCUCUUCCCGGUGAACCGCUCCAAGCACCGUCUCUACUCCGACCUGCAGACGCCGGGAAGGUACGGCAGGGUGAUCAUCACCUCCUUCCGCAAGGCCAACAUGCUGGACCAGCACCACACCGAUCUCAUCCUCAAGCUGCACUCUGCUGUGACCAGGAUCCAAGUUCAAAGACCUGGUUUCAAUUACACGUUUGCCCAUAUAUGUAUCCUGAACAAUGACAAGACAUGCAUAGUGGACGACAUAGUGCAUGUACUGGAGGAAUUAAAGGCUGCUCGUUCUUCUAAUCGAACUAAUUUUGCAAUCACUUAUCCGAUUACUCACUUAAAGGAUGGCAGGGAAGUGUAUAAUGGGCAUCAGCUUGGUGGGGUUACUGUGCACAGCAAAGACCGGGUGAAGUCUGCAGAAGCCAUUCAGCUCACCUACUACUUGCAGGCAAUCAACUCCUUGAAUGACAUGGUGGCAGAGAAGUGGGAAUCCAUUUUUUGUGACACUGUUGAACUUUUCCAGAAAUCCAACAGGAAAAUCAAAAUGUAUCCUUUCACUUCUUCUUCGCUGAAGGAGGAUUUCCAGAAGACAAGCAGGGUGUCAGAACGCUACCUGAUCACAAGCUUGGUCCUUGUGGUCACCUUGGCCAUUCUCUGCUGCUCCAUGCAGGAUUGUGUCCGCAGCAAACCCUGGCUUGGCCUGCUGGGAUUGCUGACUGUGACCCUUGCCACCCUGACUGCAGCUGGGAUCAUCAAUCUCACUGGUGGGAAAUACAAUUCCACCUUCCUGGGAAUCCCCUUCGUCAUGUUAGGUCAUGGUUUAUAUGGGACUUUUGAAAUGUUGUCCUCCUGGAGGAAGACUAGAGAAGACCAACACGUUAAAGAGAGGACUGCAGCUGUAUUUGCAGACUCCAUGCUCUCGUUUUCUCUCACCACUGCCAUGUACCUGGUCACUUUUGGAAUAGGUGCCAGUCCCUUCACUAACAUUGAAGCAGCCAGGAUUUUCUGCUGCAAUUCCUGUAUUGCAAUUUUCUUCAACUACCUCUAUGUACUCUCCUUUUAUGGUUCCAGCCUGGUGUUUACUGGCUACAUAGAAAACAACUACCAGCAUAGUAUCUUCUGCAGAAAGGUACCAAAGCCAGAGGUAUUGCAAGAGAAGCCUGCAUGGUAUAGGUUUCUUCUGACAGCUAAAUUCAGCGAGGACACAGAUGAUUCAGAGGAAACAAACACUUACGAGAGUCAUCUUUUGGUGUGGUUCCUGAAACGAUAUUAUUGUGACUGGAUAACAAACACUUAUGUCAAGCCUUUUGUAGUUCUCUUUUACCUUGUUUAUAUUUCCUUUGCCUUAAUGGGCUACCUGCAGGUCAGUGAAGGGUCAGACCUGAGCAACAUCGUAGCGACUGCGACACGGACUAUUGAGUAUACAACUGCCCAGCAGAAGUAUUUCAGUAACUACAGCCCAGUGAUUGGGUUCUACAUUUAUGAGUCGAUUGAGUACUGGAAUACCAGUGUCCAAGAGGAUGUACUGGAGUAUACCAAGGGCUUUGUGAGGAUAUCUUGGUUUGAAAGCUACUUAAAUUACCUUAGGAAACUCAACAUAUCCACUGGGUUGCCCAAGAAGAACUUCACUGAUAUGUUGAGGAACAACUUCCUGAAGACCCCUCAGUUUGCCCAUUUUUCAGAGGAUAUCAUCUUUUCCAAGAAAUACAACAAUGAAGUUGAUGUCGUGGCAUCCAGGAUGUUCUUGGUGGCCAAGACAAUGGAAACUAAGAGGGAAGAACUUUAUGACCUCUUGGAGACCCUGAGGAAGCUCUCUCUCACCUCCAAGGUGAAAUUCAUUGUUUUCAAUCCAUCAUUUGUGUACAUGGAUCGUUAUGCUUCUUCAGUGGGAGCACCCUUACAAAACUCCUGCAUUAGUGCUUUAUUUCUGCUCUUCUUCUCUGCAUUCCUCGUGGCAGACUCUCUGAUCAAUGUCUGGCUCACUCUAACUGUUGCCUCAGUUGAAUUUGGAGUUAUAGGUUUUAUGACCUUGUGGAAAGUGGAACUAGAUUGUAUUUCUGUGUUGUGCUUAAUUUACGGAAUUAAUUACACAAUUGACAACUGUGCUCCACUGUUAUCAACCUUUGUCCUGGGCAAAGAGUUCACAAGAACUAAAUGGGUGAAAAAUGCCCUGGAAGUGCAUGGGGUAGCUAUUUUGCAGAGCUACCUCUGCUAUAUUGUUGGUCUGAUUCCUCUUGCAGCUGUGCCUUCAAAUCUGACCCGUACACUGUUCAGGUGCUUGUUUUUGAUAGCAUUAGUCACCUUCUUUCACUGCUUUGCCAUUUUACCUGUGAUACUGACUUUCCUGCCACCAUCCAAAAAGAAGAGGAAAGAGAAGAAGAAUCCUGAAAACCGUGAGGAAAUAGAGUGUGUUGAAAUGGUGGAUAUGGAUAGCACCCGAGUGGUUGACCAAAUUACAACAGUCUAACUUGUUUGUUUGUUGCUUUUUUUACACUAGGUCUUACUGAGGAAAAAGAGGAAAAAAAAAAAUAAGAAGAAAGAAACCAGUAGUGACUAAAUAUCUGAGGACAGGAAGGGGUUUGGAUGUUUUCCUUCUCCCCACCCCCACCCCAAGCUAAAUCCAGGAAUAUUCAAAAUGAUGGGAGAAAUUAGAAUUUAUUUUUUUUUUUAAAGAGCUGGGGGGAUUGUACCUUGCUCAGCUCCUGUAACAGGUAUUACGAGAGAAUUUGCACACACAUGCAAGGGGGGGGGGGGGUUGAAUUUCAGACACAUGAAGUAAGAUCUAAUGAGAGAAGUUGGGUUCUUAAGCAGCUCUCUGCGUGGUCUGUACUGCAGAUGCUGCAAUUAUUGUGGCUAAACCCAAUCAGACUGAAAGGUCAACUGUCAAGGCUGAAGUAGCACUAAAUGUUCGCUGGAUGUAAAGGCUUUACAAACUUUCUGCACAGCAAUAACUCAAGUCAGUGAGUCAGCUCUUAUAGGUCUUAGCCAUCACAUUUAAUUUUUCUUUUCUCCCCUAAUUUAAACAUUUAUGCAAGACUGUGUAAAAGAUAGCAAACUGUACUGGGAAAGAAGGCACAGCAACCAAAUGCUUUCCAAACACUUUCAUGUUAAAAAUCACAUUUUUCUCCCAAAAAUAACAUUAUUUGAAAAUGUAAAUCAUCCCUUGUAACAUUUUUAAUCAUGGUUUUAUAGUGGUUUCUUUUUCUUAUAAAACCAAAAAAGAACAAAAAAAGAAAAAGAAAAAAAAUCCCAGUGGCUCUGUCACUCUAGGAAAAUAUGUAACUUUAUUUUAUACAUGUCUCGCUACUAGUUAAACAUGUAAUCUGCUUUACCAACUGUAAUUUUGUUAGCACUCUACUAACACAUGAGUGUAUCUAGCAGCAGACAGAAGAUGGUGUACUGAAUAUUUCAGCACCGACAUCCAUGACAAAAACCUCAAAUAUUAAAAUGUCAUCAAGAAAGUGAAUGUUAGGGCUCUUCUAGUGAGAGCCUGUUUCAGGCCAUUCACUGGUAAUGCACACUAAGAGGAUUAGUGGGUAGUUUUGCAUAAUGUAUAACUUAAUCCCUCUAUCUUCCUAGUACCUGUAAAGCAAUAGACCUUGCAGCUAUGGGCUCUUCCAAAAGACAGUCGACCAUCAGAGUUGUAUGGAAAACACCCAAGGUUAGGACUGCAGUUUAGCAGCUGUUUAGCACAAGUUUAACAACGUCUCCAAAGAGCCCAUAUCUAAGGGGCCUAUUGAAAACACCACAUCUGAGAGAAGGAAAAAAAAACAAACAAACAAACCAAAAUUAUAAAUAUUGCAUUACUGAAUCUUUUUGGAGCCGUGAGUUCUAAACCAAUAAUUCUGUCAGCAUCUGUGAUGUGGAGUAAUACAGAUAAAGCAGCAUCUCGUUCCUCCUCUACCCCCUUCACCCUUAAGAGCAACAGGUUCAUUACACUAAGGUUUUAUCAUGAGGUUGAACCCCAGUGGGGUUAUAGAAGCCAAUUCUGUAGGUUUUGCUGAGAGUACUCCAACUAUACAUUGCUUGUCAAAACCCAUUUGCAGAAAGCUGGCUGGUGUCUCAUGAAUAUACAAUGUAUGGACCAUUGCUUUUUGGUUCAAGAUGAAUGUAUUGCAACCUGACUCCUUUUUACAGCUCACCCAGAAAAUAAGAGCACUGGAAAAGUUUUCAGCAGUUGACACAGUGUUUGCCUCAAUAACAGCAUCUGGAGCGUAAAGGGAUAAUUCAGGAGCAAUGGGGCUCGGACCUGUGGGAGUGCUAUAACUCAGGAGGCUGCCUGUUCCCCAUGCAGUGGUUAGUACAUACCACAGGGUCACAAGCCCAGGGUAUGCUUCAUUGUAUGAAACUUCUUUUUAGCAUCCAAUCCCAGUGAUCCCCCAAAACACACGGUGCAAAACCCACAAAUGCCACCUAGUGAAUAUUCAUUUUCAAGCAAAGAGAUACUUCUGAAGCUUCCUCCCUAGCAGAAAAUAAGAUAACCAGAUAUUUUGUCCUGAAGCAACAUGUUACGCACUGGUUAGCAAAACAAGUCGGCGGUGCAGCUGGCAACGUUUAUUUUCCCCUGGAUAAUACCCUUCUCUGACCAGAAGGAAAGGAAGCUGUGUCCAGGAACGCACAGGCUGUUUGCUUGAACAAACAACGUUUGCUGCUGGGAAGCUGUAAUAACUUCAGCCUUGUCAGAAAACAGGCGGACACCUUGAACACAGCCAAAUGAAGUUGAGGCUACAGGAAAGAUCUGUUUCCCCUGUUUUCUUUAGACUCAGGCCUGGGCCUACGUUUUCCAGCCAAAAAUCUUUCCUUAAAUAAUACUUCACUGCAGAUUUUAUGUUAUGGUUAUUAUGUCAUUUGAAUAACAGUCACCUUAUCUCCUGGCUGUCAACAGGCAGCUGCAGUGGCUUUUAAACUUCUGAGGGCAUUAGCAAAUUAGUUGAGAGUUACAGAGGAAUCACAAAACGCUUUUGGCAGCAGCAAUCUACUGGCUUGUGGGACAGGUGGAACUAGGAGAUGUGUGAAAGAGGUUGUUUGUACACUGCAGAGAAGAAUACAUGGCUAAUGCUGAUUUUACACCUCUGCUAUCCCUGAUGCUAUCACUUGCAAACAACAGACCCAAAGAUGGCUACCAUAAACCUCUUUACGUCUAAUUGAAAUGCAUAGAUAGGAGCAUCUUGAAAGAGAUGUCCAAAGACAAGCUUGUAGUUUCACAGAUCUCAUUAAAUCUCAGCAUGUGAGGCCUUCAGAGAUCUUCAGAGAAAGGUGAUAAAACCAAUGAUAAAGUUACUUCUCUAUCUCCAAACCUGUCACAAAAAGGAUGUGGAGGCACUCCUAUGGCAAAUUGCCACAGGGCGUGCCUGGGAGUCCACAGAAGACAGGGUGAGCAGACAUGCAGCCCAUUUCCUUUCCCCCAGGCAGAGCAUGACAUGUAAAUCCUUUCUGAAGAAUGCUUGUCCACCCCGUUCCUAAAAAUCUUUAAAGGCAGAUUCCUCCCCCCAGUGCCAUGUUACCCCAUUGGUAACUAGUAACUCCUGCUGUUUGUCUUGUACUGGAACGGGGAAGACAAGCUGUGCCUCUGCGCAGAGUGCAACAGGACAGGCAGGAGGCAGUCUGUGAAGCUUCCCCUAAGCAGAGCCAAAAACAACAACCAUACGUUUUUCACUGUGUUUCACCUCAAGCUGCCAGCCUACUCCCCACCUCCAGGCUUAGUGAGGUAAAGCCAUGAAAAUGGCCAGACGUAGUACUCAGCCCAGAUCUGUUUGAUUUCUGCCUGAAUCCUGAUGUACCUGAGCGAUGCACCAAAUACUCCUUCUUUACAGGAGAGGCUUGAAUACCUCAACACAAACCAGAAACGGCAUGUUCUCAAGGUUUCAGACUAUGCUAAGCCACUUUGGCCUUCCUCCUCUUUGACUUUUUCCCCUAGAGCUAUUAUCUUCACCAAAGUCAAUUGGUCCUCACCGCGCCAAUUGAUUAAUAGGUGCAGAUACUGUGCUCUGUUUCAGUCCAAAGCUACCCCAGUGGCUAACUGUGCAUAAGAUUUUAUCCUUACUGGUGAACCUUCAUUUUGGAAGACUACCUAGGCUUAAACAGUUUUUUUGUCAUACUCUUAAGUGGCUUUUUAGCCCAGGUAUCACUGUGGUUUUAUUUGCAAUACAGAUGACCCAAUUUUUGUAUAAAUUCAGAGAGUAGAACAGAGUAUUAUACACUGUCAGGCACUGAUUAAAAUGUAACAGCAAAAGUUUAAGCUAAGGCUAACAAGACUGUAUGGGACUGUGGCUCACUGGCCACAUGUAUCUUCUACAAACAUUACAGUUUCCAUACAGUAAGAUAUAGUGUACAGUAUAUUUUUACUAUGGGGUAAGCAUAGGGAAAAAAAAAGAACAGCCUAAGUGCAUAUGAUCAUCAAGAUCAGUCCAGUUUUCUUGUAACGUAAUUCCUAAUGUUGUCUUAGCACAAGUUCAUUUUCGAUUUACAAGUAUUCUAAUUGGAGGAAAAAAUGAAUAGAGAAAAGUUGGUAUAACUGGAAUAACUGUGCUAUAAAAAUUAAUUUAUGAAGCCAGAAUUUUCUGCCCAAAGCUUUACAUGAAAGUGUUCUAGUUAGAUUAAAAUGAGAACUGUGAAGGCUGAGAAAAAGCUAUCUGGCAAAGAAAAAGAACUUUUUUUCCAAAGACAAGCAAACACAUUUAUCAUGGUCAAUUGCAUGAACCUGGAGAGAAAACAGUACCUGAGGUUACAUUGAGCCACGUGAGGAUUCACAUCUCCUCUCAGAAGCUUUCUGAGCCAGCACUGAAUUCAGGUAAAAUGUGUACUAUAAAUUGAAAGGUGCACUUUUAAAUGCUCUUCUCUAGGCUGACUGUCCUAUGAGCUUCCAGAUCCCACCUCAGCCAACAUCUUGUUUAUUUUUAUUCCAAGAGAAAAACAAACCAGAGUGGCAGCACAACUGGGCAGAGUUCAGUCGAGUCAGAAGGAAGACUAUGCCUUCCCUUGAAAACAGUGAGAAAGACAGAAACAGCUCUUUAGCAAGUGGGCUUUGUGGGAGAACUGAUUGCUUCAAAAAUUAGCAAACUGGUGUUUGCUUAAUUGUUAACUUUUGAAGCAGAUAGUAUGUUCAAGGAGGUGCAGGGAAGCAAAGCAGGGUUAACAGGAGUUAGCCUGGAGUUCACUAUAGACCCCCAAUUACAUUAGCUACUCUUGUGUGCCUGGGGGUGCAGAGGGGCAGGGACAGCUCUGUUUUGUGGGCAUGGGAGAUGCCUGACCAGCCGCUGCGACAGGGUCAUUUCCCAUGUCCCUGUCCCACAGUCCAGCCUGGCAGCUCUCAGGGCAUGCACAGCCAGCAGCAUGCAGGUGCUCCCAUGCGCACACAGGUAGCUCCUCAUGUGCCUCAUGUUACGACAGUGCUGCUGGGUUUUGCUGAGCCAGAACAUGCAUGAUAAGGCACAGGCUCCAUGGGAAGACACUUUCUGGAAGACCCUGGUUAGAAAGGAUUACUCACAGCUUUCUCCCCUCCACCCCGGCCUCUAUGGGUGUUAAAACCCCGAGACAUACAAAUCAAGUUGUACAAUUAGCUAUGUAGGGGCAAAGUAUUUCUUCCCUGCAUUUAUCACUAAAACUACUUGUCAUUUAUUUUCUUAUAAAUAUUUAGAAAUAAGUAAGCCUUCCUGGUGUACACGCAAGUGCGAUGAGAACAGGGCAUGGAAGGAAGAGAGCCCCUUCUCCUCCCCAAAGGUGGGCAGUAUCUUCCACCCAUAGGCCAGGCACCACACCAUCACUGCAGGGCACCCCCAGGGGUCCCAGCCCAGUGCAGGUGCAGGGAAACCUUAUCUCCCUUCACCCCCUCCCCAGUCUCAUUAGAGAACAGGGAGGAGCUCCUCUAGCUCCAAACUGUGGGGGUGUUUAGAGAAAGACAUGGCAAAAGCAUCCCGGGAAGGAAUUCAAACACAUAUUCCUCCCCAUGGUACAUAGGCUGGGGCAGAGCAGCAUGCCCAGCAUGCCACCACUCACCUUAUCGUGGUCCUGGCACAGCUUCCUGCCUAGAGAGAGGGCACCUCAGCAUCACCUGUGGCUGCCCGGGGCAGCCGCUUCUCAGGCAAGAGAUGGUCUGAUGUCAUUGGCGUUCUGCAAGUCAUCAUCCUUUUUUAAUUUGAAUAAAGGAAAAAAAAUCAGCAUAAAUAAUUCUAAAUUAUUUAAAAUCCAAGAAGUCUUAAUCUGUGCGUCAAAUAAAUGGCUUGCAAGAUGUCAGGGGUUUUUGUUUGGGAUUUUUUAACCUAUUUUUACUAUUUUUGUAUUAAUUUAGGAAAAAAAAAUUGUAUAAUGAAUCUCAAUGUAUAGCAUAAGCCUAAAAUAAAAUGGCUGUCUCUCUCUUUGCUUCUUGUGCUCCCAAACUGCUAUACAAGUCCCAUGCCAUCACCACCCUAACAAACUGAUUUGCCUGGCCUAAUCCAAAUAAUCACUCUGUGCACCCUUUCCAACAUCAGAGAGGGGUGGUGGAGCAGCUCAGGGGGAGCAGCAGCAUCCCGAAGACAAAGGGUGCCCUUCUUCUUCAGUACUCCCUGUUGUCCUGGGCUGCAUAAUGCUCAGCAGCAAGCACAGGGAAAAUGCAUUCACUUCACAUCUGUUCAUUUCCAUGUCAGUGGGAUCCAAACCCUUUUUGCAGGUUGUUCCUAGCUAAUCCAUCUAGGAAACUCAACCUAAGCAGGCGACCAACAUAUAAGGUAAAAUCUCAAACGGAUUUGAUCAAAAAUUUAGGGUUAUCUGCUCAAACAAGAACUAGACCUACUGAGAUCUGGUAGGUAGACCUGAAGUAUUACUAUUAAACAGAAUUCUUACUAUUAAAAGUUUUCAUAUCAACACCUUAGCAUCCACAAACUUAGGAAGCCACAUUAUCACUGAAAGACCCACCCCCUUGCUUCCCAGCAGAACCACAGCUGCUGGCCCAGGAUCUUCCCAUAACAGUGAUAUAUCAUACUUUUCCCACAUCCAGGUAGACCACCCUUUUACACCUUUUUGUCAUAUUUUGGAGGAGAGCAGCAACCCUGAACCAACUGGUUCAAUGAAGAAGCAAACCACCAUGGCUAGAGCUAAGGGUGAUAUUUGCAGAUGCUCUGUUACACCUGGUUGCAGCAAUUAAAUAAGAAGCAGUUUACUGUAAAAAGCAGGUGAGCCAGACCAAAACCCAGUCACUGCAAACAGCAGCAGGCCUGAGAACUAAUGGGCUUCUGCCUGCCAAGGGCUUUUGGCCGCUUUAGUUUAGUGGGAAGUUUGGGUCUGCAAUCUAAAGGUGACUCCUAUCACCUGUUACAGGUCCUGGUUUUGUCCCUUCCAGUCACUGUUUCUUGUGUUGCCUUAAAUUCAGGAUCCACAAGCACUAUUUCCAAAAAUUCUGGCUGAAAGAGAAAAUCAAAUUACAUCUAUUUUCUAAUUGCUAACCUAAUGUAAGAGACGCUACAUCUAAGCGCCGCAUCGGAGCUAAGGGGGCAAAACUCCCAUACAAGACUGGUGUGCCUCAUUUGUCUGUGUUAGUAAGAGCUCCUUCACACAGUUCUCCAUAGAUUUAAUUUACAAAAAUCAGGCUUUUCAAAUGUUUAAUCAGUAUAUUUUAUUCUGAAAAAUCAUCAUUAUGUGUAUAUUCAAAUUAGAGGCAUGUUAAGUCUGAUUUUUUUAGGUUACCGAGAAAUACAGUUGAGCCCAACAAUCAUUCACAAAUGAGAUGUCUGAAUUCCAUGUGUACUUCUUACACUGCUGCAUGCAAAUCAGAAUAUUCCAAAAUACCACGUUUCCUUAUUUGUACCACUAAUUUGCACACAGAAACUAAGCAGGAAUUACAGACUCAAAACAGUGAUGUGUGCUCAUGUUUACAUACACUGUAAUUAUCACUUAAAGGUACAAAGAUGAAUGAAUUUACUGAGGAGAACAGGAUUUGUUUUGCCGACUUCAGCUUGCUGGCAGAGAAUAACUGAAAUAUAUGCCAAGCACCUACCUAGAAGGAACUGGGGAAUAAGACAUCUAACAGUCCUUCAGCAGAACAAGAGUUCACUUAAAAAUUUAUACAUAUGGGAAAUGUAAGAAUUAUGUUAAAAGACCUUUGUAGCUGGGUAUCUGGACUAUAUGCGAUAGAGUACAUUAUAAAUAAAUGCAGAAUAUUUUACUUUGAUUCUCUUUGCCCACACUCGGUCCUCUUAAAUAUGUUCUAUUCUGUGAGCAGGCAUACUUUCGAGUAAGACUGACACUUGUCUUCCUGGAAAUUGCCAAGUUGCGCAGGUGAAGUUUGCUGGAAACAAAAUUUUAAAUGUAUACAAACAAAUUGAUGCCAGAAAACACAAUUUGCAGAAAACAUGCCUUCACAUACUGAUUAUAUUUCAUAAUAAGCAAUCUGUUCACUGAUGCUACAAGUAAAAAUGAUUUCAUAUUUGUCAUCUAUAUUCAGAAAAAUGAGAUACCCCACUAAUGUAUAUAUAGUACAUACACCCCCACACCAAUUAUGUAUUUUUUUAUACGCCCAGCUCAAGUUGGCUCCAUAUAAAGAGGAGGAAAAGCCAACCCAGCAACAUAGUUGAAAGCUAGUAGGAAGAAUAGUUUAGCUGUCCUGAAAUUAGUAAUGAUUCAGCAGGGGAGGAGCGGCAGAGAAGUUGAUGAGGAGUUUAGGAAUAAAGAAGCUAGCUGCAGAAAUGCAAAGCUGUUAGAAAGGGAAAUACUCAGGUUUUAUUGUGUCAGGCAGAUGGGAGAGUAAUGAUAUAAAAACCUCAGAGUUGCAAAGGCAAGGAAGGGCUAAGGUAGAAUGAGGAGUGAGCAAAAUUAUGUGUGCAUAUGGAAGAUUUGCAGCUGUACUGUGUGUGAAGGCUGUCUAAUAAAAGACAAGAGUCUGUCCAUGUAUGGAAAAUAAAAAUUCACAGCUGCCUAAUUAUAUGAAUUCAGAUAUAGAUUCGGUACCUCAUUGCUUUGGAAUAAAAGGUGGGUAUCAUUCAUAAUCUAAUCUGGAGCCCAGAACUGAAGACUUUAGCAUGAUAUAUAUAUAAUAUCAUACAGAAAAAGAGAUCAGUCCAACGGAUUCUGGCUUGUAACUCACUAAAAAAUAACAAAUGGGCCCUCACUUUUUUAUUGCAACUCUUACCUAGAGAAAAGCAGACGACUUAACGCUUCUGAAAUAGCCAUAUGUUCUGAUAAAAUGCUUAUAUGUUGGAGGGAGUCAUUUUGUUUUCUUUUGAAGAUGAGAUCAGUUUUCUUUCUGGACAAAGUGAGCCCUCAGGCACUUUACCUACAGUGAGAAGUGGGAAAUGCUGGCUCUUUUAAAGUGAUUCCUGAGUCAAGAACAUCUGCAAUUGAAUUCCUCUCUUCUCUUUCCUCUCAGUGUGCUACUGCAAACUGCUCCAGACUUGCCUGUUGACAGUUUUACCAAUCAGUGUACGUUACCCCUGGGUGCAAGAGAGGUGGGAUUCUGCUGAGCCUCUCCUGGUGUUGGCUCCAGGGGCAGUAGCCACAUUACAAUUCCACAAUUAUUCCUGUUCAUUAGCCCCUCUGAUGGGAGUCAUUUCUGGCAAUAGUUUGGAUCUUACUGCAGCAGCUAUCACAGGAAAGCCAGCAACAUUUUGCUGCUCUGACAUGCCUCUGGCAUAUGCAAGUGACAUAGCAUAUAUUAUUACAUCUAGAAAGGAGAAGCAUUCAAAGCUCAGUGUCAGGACAUCAUAUUAUACUUAAUAUCACCAUCUCUGCGGAUGUUAUACAGCAGAUUUAUAAUACCAAAGUUGCAAAAAUAGGGAGAAUAAAGAGAGUGAGAGAGAGAACACCAUUUAAACUAACCUUCAGCACUCUCCAAACCUCUCCAUCAAAGGAAGAGUUACUGACUCGCAGUCAGCGGUGACACCAAGCCUGAAGAAUCUAAUUUUUAGGAAAAAGGUUAAAAGAACUGGCUUAGAAAGGGGAAAUCUGGAGCAGAGAUAUGUGACUUCAGAAUUAUGGAAACGAUCGCUAAGAUCGGUGAGUUCCUUUUUUUGCCCAGUGUGUGCUUCAAAAGCCAAGAUCUCAGAGUACAAAAUGUUUGAAGUGAAAAGCAAAUAAUAAAUUUAUGGAGAACAUUUCACAGGUAAAAAUGAGCCAUGCAUGUUGGAAACUAGAAAGUCAAGGGAGACAAAAAGCUGACUCAGAUGAAAAAUGCCUUAGUUUAUUGUAGAUAACUCCAUAAAAACCUGCACAAAAAAAUCUCCCAAAUGUACUCACAGUCCUGAGAGCUCUUCAGGUGGUCUGUUCCAGCAACAGGCUGAAAAUAAGGUAAGAGUUUUAAAUUAUUGACAACUGCAAGAAACAGAUAUAAACUGAGAAACUUGGGUAAGGGAAAAAUGGGAAAAAAAGAUGGGAAAAGUACUUUAAUGAUGUACUCUUUGUGUACAUCAGCACCUCUCCACAGACAUCACAGGAGUUAUAGCUAGGAUCAUUUGUUUAAAGCACUGCCCAUCACGUUCCAGACAACUGUUUUAGUCUUCCUCUUGAAGCCAAAGGCUGAGUUUUGUUUUGUCAGUUCAUAUUCUAAAGUCAGACAUUCCCUCUGACACUGCCUGAGUGCCUGAGGACCCAGGACACAGCGGCAAGAACAGACCACCAUGGUUACAAUGGGAAAAAACCCAUACCCAAGCUACUGCAGGGCAAAGCUUUGUUAGUUCUUCAUCAAAAAGCAGUGCUAAAGAGGGCAUUCAUAUUUUUAAUGUUCUUUAAAAGCUUACAAGAAUAAUCGGCCUCUGUGGUGCUCUGUAGAUGUGCUAAGACGUACAUGGGCUCUGGAUGCCAUCCAGGCAUAUUUAUGCUUGCGCUUUUCCAGUGCUUGGUAGCCUUCAGCCUUUGGAUCUAUGCCAUACAGCUCUUCUGAGAUUCAUAUUGCAGGCUUUGUUGAGAUAACUGUUUGGUGAAAGAUACUUUGUUUAGCUCAAACAAAUCUUUUUAAAUAUGAACUGUUUUAUUCACACCAGAAGGUUUUCCACAACUGCCAUCUCUAUCCUCUGUUAGUACCUUCGGAAAUGAAGGUGGCCAGAGCAGGAAGAAGAGAAUUGGAAAGCAAGUGAAAGUCCCAUUAUUUUUGCUAAGUAGCAGCUGAUUUUAUGAGGCUCAAUUACCUGUGAUUUUAUGAGGCCCAUUUUCCACUACCAAAUUUUUGAAAGGUGCUCAAUAUUUCCACUAUUAAGCCAGGAGGAACUAUGGGGUUUCAGUAUAAUCCAAACAGAACAUAACAGCUGGCUUCAAAACAUGCUGCCCAGUGGAAAUAAAAUGCUGGAAGGAAGAGGAGAGGAGGAUAGGGUUGUUGAAUUUGAAACUGUCAGCAGAAAAUACUGGGAUUUCUUUAAAAAGUUCACAUUUUUACCUUUGUUCUGAUAGGAAAGUCUUACUGAGUCUGACAAAUUUGAAGCAUAUGAAAUCAUCUACAAAAACUUCUGUGCAGGAGGAGAGAGGCAGAAAGUGAGCUGAGAAAAUGUAUCUUUUCUGACUUACUUCUUUAAUGUGGCAGACUUGUCACAGAGCCAGGUAACAGCGGUAUGCCCCAUAUCAAAUCAGUAGGGUACCUGUGCUUGGAUACAAUCAUUUUAUAGAACAGUAAAGUGGUAAAUAGUUCCCCAGUAAGGCAGAUAAUCACCAACCUUAUUUCAAAAUGCUGCCAAAGUGAAGGAAGGUAUUGAGGUAUUGAGCUCUAAAUACAUCAGCCAGGGUCAAAUGAACUGCAAGUGAGCAGCACUUCAAAGGAAAGCAAUAGGAAAUGCAAACAAUAGCAAAAAACAGAUUUGAAUGCAGAAUUAUCUAAACAUUACCAUAAAACCUCCUGAUAGAGGCAAAAUAAAGUCAGGCAAAAAUCAUCAAAAUCCAGAACCCUCUCUACAGUUUUUAACUUGUUGGUAUGGUUUACAUGUCACCAGUUCCCUGGAGCUCACACGCCAUUCAAAACCAUAAUUGUUUCUUUAGACAUAGUUUCCAUCAACAUACAUUAAGUCACCCAGUGAGCAAACGUAAACCAUACUUAGGUGGCAAAUCAUUGAUCUCAAGUAGUCAAGGAUCAUCCUUUAUGGUUAUCCCCAUUCCUAAAAUGCGUAUCAAAUACAUGUAUUUCACAGAAUAAUGAAAAAAAAAUCUAUACAAAUUCUAAUCUACCUGAAAAAAAAACAAUUUGCUUUAACUAGGCCAAACAAAAUAUGAAAAUUGUUCCCAUCAAAUAUUUUUAUAAGCUCUAAGUGUGAAGCAAAAGUAGCUCUGUUCAAGCCUUCUGAAGAGAAUUAGAGAGAAUGAAUGUGAAAAAGCACAUAGAGUACAAUUUAAAGAAGCACCAAGCAAAUCAUGACCAGAGCAUAUCUAUAAAACCUUGGCAGUUGACCUUCACUGGGUGAGAAUGGUGAGUGGUUUGGAGAAUUAGCAUUUCAUCAAGUGGUAUAUUUUUACCCUUAUCAAAAUAUGACCCAGCGCUUCAGGUAAAAACUGAUCAUGCGAGGUUUGUCCAUUUGCCUGCUCUCAGUGAGCGUGAAAAAAAAUUGUAUUCCUAAAUGAACUGUGAUCUCUGCCGACUUUGAUUACUUCAGAUAUAUUUCUGUAACUGCUAAGGGGAAGAAAAUCAGAAAUAAAAGUGCUCUAAACCUUUAAUACCUUUUCUUUUGCUGAGAGUCUAUCCUGCCCCUCCCAUUAGCUUAUUCUGCUAUGCCAAACCUCUCUUACAAAAUUCCCCAAUUUUGGCCAAUUGGCUCAAGCGCUCCCCUAAUAUGCUCUUGCAAUUGUAAGCACUCAGGGGUUCCACUAAAAGGGUGGCUGGAUGCAGCUUCAGGACUAAUUGUAUCCUAUGAGUUAUAGAAUUAUGCACCAACAGCUAAAAGGACACAAUUACAAGGUGGACUAUUGUGACACACACUGUGUAAUGUCAUACAAUCAAAUGCAAUGUUUAGUAAACAUGAACUUCUUUGUCAUUUUGUAUUUAUUUAUACAGGUUUAAAAAAAAAAUAAAGCACACAUUUAAAAAUA